UUGCGCGUAGGAGAGUUUGUACACUCAACGUUGCUUGUCUGUAGUUUGGCUCGUGGUUUGUUUGUUUCCUCGACAUUGCUGCCUUGAGCUUGAUUGUUUGAGUAAGAAGACUGGUGAAAGAUUAGUAGAAUGAGUUCCGAUAAGUCCAAAAAGUCCCGCAAGCGCAGAAGGGAUACUGAAGCUGAAGACGAAGAGGAUGGUGCUGCUGCCGCUGUAAUGGACAUUCCUCCUACUCCUGCUUCAGAGAGGAAGAAGAAGAAGAAGAGAAGACAUAGUGAAGUUGGAGGUGAUGAAGACGACGCUGCUGUCGAAGAGGCUAUUACUCCCCGCCGUAAGAAGCGUAAGAGUCAGAGAAAGGAAGAGUGGUCAUCAGAGCUUGAUAUGGAGCUUCUAACAACAUCGCUACCUCUCAUCAGCAAGAAUGCACUGGCCAAGCGUUCUAAAUCUAGCAAAACUACCGAUUUGGACUUUACUACCUCAGACAUCGGUGCAUUCUCCACUGAGGAGUGUAAUGAGCGGCUUCGUCAACUGGAAGCCAUUGUAAAACCGGUAAAGACACGUCAUCAGAUACUGUCCGAAGCUUUGGACAUGGUAAAGGGCAGGUCUGCAACGUAUGUCAACAAGAUGUUUUCGGAAGCAUGCCCCAAGAGACCCGCCAGCGCCUACAUGCUGUUUUGCAAAGAUCACCGUGACGGAAUCCAGGUAGAGGGCAAACCGUCCGCCGCCAUGCAGCUGCUUGCACAGAAAUGGAGAGAACUGGGCGAUCGGGAAAAGAGCAAGUACUUGAAGAAGUCAGCAGCGGAGGGCGUCAAGUACGAUUCAGAAAUGUCCAAGUUCAAGGAGGCCCAUCCUGACCUGUUCAUUCCCAAGAAAGUGCCUGGUGCCAAGGGCAAGAAAGCGCAAGUUGGCCCAAAUCCACCACCAAGAUCUGCUCUGGCAGCAUUCAAGGUUGACUACGGUGCAAAGCAUAGUGGCGAUACCAAGGAUGCAUCUGGCCAGGCCUGGAAAGACCUGGCCACCAAUGCCAAGGCACAAUGGGUGGAAAAGUGGAGAGCUAUGGUUGUGCAGUAUCGUGCUGAGCUGACCAGACUACGUUCGUCCGCCAGCACAGAGGACCAAGAGCAAAUUGAUAGUUUGCUGGAAAAGCAUACAAUCCGGAAGACAGUCAACCAGGUUGGCUAUGAUUUGUUUGCUAAGACCAAGCGUGCUGAACUGCGUGCUUUCCACCCGAAGGACUCCAUGAAGGACAUUAACGGCAAGCUGAAGGUUCAGUGGUCUGCAUUGCCCGAUAUUGACAGGCAGAGAUAUUGCCAGCAAGCUAAGCUAUUGCAAGACGAUUGAGUGCAUCGCGACGUAGAAUCAUCUCGGUUACACGCCCCUACCUGCAAUCACAUGCACCAGAGUUAUAUACACACACGCAUGAGUGUGAUGAUGAUGCUGCUGAUGCGUGUGGAGCUUCGCUGCGUGGCUAUGUUGUCGCGCGUGUCCUGCACUAGCACUAUUACUGCAUGUCUACACUUGGCUGUCAGCGUCACUACAGCUUGUGCUGCCUGUGCAGUCAAUCCCUAACGAGAUGCCAUUUUGAAAUCACGAAAUAUACAUGAGUGGAAUCAUAUCGAACUGCAUUCUAACAGAAACAUAGUUAAUCGUCAUCUCUCUUUGCUGUGGAUGGGAAACAAAGACAUGCUGGAGGUCUGGUAUUUUCUUCCUCUCCCUUUCUCUUCUAGGCCUCUUGCCAUUAGCGUUGUUACUUUCAUCGAUCUUAUUUCUCCUGUUUCAUUUAAUGUUGUAGUAGUACGUGUCGAGUAUCCGUACUGAUGGUGGUGGUGACUCUGCGCAGUUGUUGAUUUCUUUUCUUCUUCUCCUCCUUUUCAAUGGUGCUUCUGUCGUUGGUGUACCAGCGGGUAUGACAGCAUUGUUUUAGCUGUUUGUAGCAAGCUACAACCUCCAAUAGGAUAGUUCUUACGUAUAGCCCAUUACCAGACUGUGUGUGUAUGCGCAUGCGCACCAGUCUUGCUGCUGCUGCUGCUGCUCGUGUUGCCAGCGAUGUGUGUUCUUUUUUCUUUCUUUUUUAGCGGUAGAGGCUUCUCUCUGGCAUGACAGCACAUUCUGUGGAUACAUGUGCAUUUUAUUUUGACUUGUAGCACCACCCGUACAUGUAUUCGUGUAGUAAUAUAGCUUGUGCACACAUUCUCUUCCUUCGUCUCUGAGCGGCGCAUGCUCUGACUUGCUCUGCUGAGAUUCUCUCUUGAUGGGAUUAGCGUGCUUUGCUCUCUCUUUCUCUCUCUCUCUCUAAUCUUUGUUCUGCUUGUGUUGAUCACAUCUGCAUGCUGUCGUGCCUGCUGUCUUUUCGUUUGUGGAUUUAUGACCAAUCAGUGAAUCGGAUCAGCAUGGCUUUCAGGCAUAACCCUGUUGUACACGUAUGAUGUGUAUUUGAAUAGCUACUCCGGCUGUAUCGUGUGAUAACUAAUGACUAUGAUUAUUGAUAUGAUUGAUCAUCAAUGACUAUAACAACAGUGCAAGAUGA